GUGAACAAUGCCACUCUUUGUGUGGUGGAGCACCGGUGUUCUCGCGUGCUGACUCCAUUGCCAAGAACACAGCGUUGGGAGGAACAGGAGAUAACUGUCCAGAGAAAGAGAAGUUUGUCGGUUUAUUGUGAUACAUGUGUUGUGAAUUGAAGGUUGGUGAUAUCGUUUGUCAAAAACACAAGGCAGAAAAGAUCCAGAAGAUCGACAGAAGUGUCCGAUGGAUACGUGGUGAAAGUAUUACGAUAAAAAUUGCUAGAGUAUUGUGAACCCUGUACUUUGAAAAAAAUUACUGACCGCAACCAUGGGAUUUGUUAACAAAAUUUGUUGAAUUCCGUCAUCACCAUCGCACGCACUGGCUGCUGGCGAAGACCGAAAACAAAGACAGCCUUAACUGCAAUCGUUUUCUUCUUUUUUCUCCUGUUCUCUUCCUCUCGCCUACUUCCUUGUUUGGCGUCGGGGCUCAAGGCAGGCAAGAAAGAUGACUUUGUGAAGAUCUUCCCAAGAUACACCGUGCUUGUGAGAAUUGCUUGAGUUGUUUUCGAGGGCGAACUGUGGAGUUCCCACUUCACAAGUUAUUACUGUUUGUUAAUGAGAAAGAGAGCAAGAGCUCAGCUGUUGAAGUUCUUUUUCAAAGCACAGAGAAAAGAUAACACGUGAAAGCCAUCAUGUAGCCGUUUGAACACAUCUAAACAGCCAUUUGAAGCGUCAACAAGCUACUUCUAAGCCAAUGCAAAGUGCUUCCACUUCAAGCCGGUGUCCACGCAAUGAGCAUGCAUUUCUACGUCAGAUUCUUCCUCUCGUUUUGGGCUUUCAACACCCUGCAGGUGUGUGUGGAGGACCUGGGGUCAUGCGCGAGCACCGGCGAUUCCUCGGAGGCCGACGACAGCUUUGGCAACAACAGCGGCUCCUUCGGCAGCACAGACGUCAGCACCGAGGCCAUCACCUACGCUUACAGGGAUGAAGACAGCGGAGAUUGGAAAACUAUGGUUCCUAACUUUAGGAAAAACUACAGCUAUGACACAAGCACCAACAAUAGAAACAAAAGCUCUAUCUUGAUUCCGGACAACAGAGGCACUGAUCCAAGCGACAUCAGCAGCGGGAUGGGAACGAGCGAAGGUGGUGGCACGAGCGGCGAUGACGACGACAAGAAAAACGCGACCACACGCUUCAUGCAGUCGCGCCGGCUGGUUAUCUCGCCCCCGUGCCUUCCGUGCCACCAGUGGGAUGGUGUCAUGUACUGCAGGCCGGUGUUCGGCUGCGUGCAUGACACCCUCUCGAGCAAGAUGGAGGAUGCCGCGUGCCGCCCGUGCUUCCAACGCAACGCCCUGAACGACUGCGAGAGAAUCAAAGGCUGCAUAAUCCCCAUCCUCCACGGCGCUCCCCACGCCUAUCAAGGUGGCGUCGUCUUGCCCUCCUUCAGGCAGACGACCACGCCCUCUUCCACUAGGACGUCGCGGGAGGAGGCGGUCGAUACAAGUCCUCUUCCAACGAAAGCCUUCGCUCCUACGGAUGCUGCCGCGGCGGUCCCACUCCUGAAAACCUUCCUCACCACGCCUCGCCCUCAAGGGACUCCCGUCUCUCGACCAGCUGAAGCCUCGCAGUCGAACCGCGUUUCGGGUUCUGCUUCGAAUCACGUACAGCGAACCACUCAGAGUUAUGAGUUCGAGACGACGCGACACGAGAUCGAGAAUGACGCGUCGUUUGGGGCGUCAAGGAAUUUUUUGACAUUGCCUGCGACCUCCGUCGUCUCUGAGUCACAUGCCAUUGAAUCUGACAACCAGGCUAGAGCAACAGUGACUGAAAUGGCAGAAGAAACAUCAGGAAUAUCAUUCAUCUCUGAAAGAUCCCAAGCAGCAGCUUCGUCAUCAGAAAUAUUGGAGACUUCAGAAAUGCCCGUUCUGCCAUCUGAAGCAGCAGAAGUGACAGUCACGCCAAAUGAACAAGCAGUGGUGACAACAACCACGUCUUCUGAAAUAAGGGAUACGACCUUCAUGUCUGAAACUGAAUCGACUGCUACAUCUAAUGGAAUAAUUGAAUUGACAGCUGUAGCUACUGAAAUGACCCAUGCGUUCGACCUCACAUCAGCAGAAACGGAAGCCUCAUCAGAAGAAUCAGUUGCCACAAAAUUUGGACUGGAAUCUACAUCCACGUCUUCAGGAACUGUAGACUUGAACCCUACUGCUUCUGAGACAAUAGAAUCAACAUUCACAUCAUACGAAAUGAUAGAAUCUACUUUCAAAUCUGAAACAGAAUUUACGGCGUUAUUACAUGAAAGAACGGAAGUGACGGUCUCGGUUUCUGAAAUGUUUGAAUCAACAGUUGCAUCUUCGGAAAUGUCGGAAUCGACAUUCCUGACUUCAGAAGUGAUAGAAUCGACAACAACAUUUGAAAAAGAGUUAUCAGACACGCCUUGUGCAAGGUUAGAGUCGACCUAUACAUCUUCCGACAUAAUGGAAUGGAUAGCUGCAUCUUCGGAAACAACAGAAUCGACGUCACUAUCUUCUGAAGUCAAAAGCAUGACAGACGUGUCUUCACAAAUAUUAGAAUCCACAAUUUCUGAAAUCCCGGAAUCAGCAACAACAGAUUCAGAAUCGUCAGGUGAUUUAUAUGAAAGAAGAGAACUAACAGUUUCUAAAAUAAUUGAAUCGACAACUACUCCUUAUGAAAACACAAAAGCUGAUAUAGUUCCUGCAUCUUCCACAGUUGCAGAAUCACCAGGCGUAUUUUCUGAGACACCGAAAUCUAAAACCACACCAUUUCGUACACCUCGAGUAAAUGACUUCACAUCCUUAGCAGCGGAGGCCACAUCUGAAAAAGCACAGCUCACGGCCACACCAUUGGAAACACCAGAACCAACAGAGCCUGAAAGAACGGCCACUACUUCUGAAAUGAUGGAGUCGACAGCCACGUCCCUUGAAACAUCAGAGUCAACAGGAGUCGAAAGGACUGUAUCGACAGCCACCUCGUCAGAAAGCGCCAACUUGAUAUCCUCUUCAUGUGAACCAAUAGCGUCCUCACAGUUGUCACCAACGGAGAAAACAGAACCAAAUUUUAUUACAUCACACUUAAAAGAUACAUUAGCGAGUACAGGAUUCGCACUGGAAAUGUAUUUAUCUACCGUGAUCCACCAACGAUCUCCGAGUACAGCGUCCGCAGACAUGGGAAUAGCACCUAGUUAUGUGCAUAGAUCCCAAACCGACGUUGAGGUAUUUCGUGAGGAAGCAACAGGAUCGCGCCCAGAAGUUCAGUUCUUCGUUGAAGCAUCUGGACUAAUUAUAUCAGAAUCCGCGUACCAAGAAGCUACAUUAACGACAUUGGAACCACGCCACGCAGAGGGCUUCCUAACGCCACACGCAAAGCCUCUUUACAAGGAUGCUCUCGUGACUUCCAAAACGCCAAACCCUGACGCCGAAGUCUUUACCAUGACUCAGACAGGACAAAGUAACACAGAGAGCUCCCUGACGCUCAAAACGCCAAACCCAGACGCAGAAGUAUUCAUUACGUCACGCAAAAAGCCUGCAGUAAGAGAAAGGCUCAUCGUAUUUCAAACAUCGCAAACGAAUCCGCAAUCAGCGAAGCCACUUUAAACAAACCAUGUAGCUUUUCCAUCAGCGAAAGAGUCAAGAGAAAUGUAAGUUUCGUAUUAGACAAAGCAGCUACAGGACAACUCUCCGCGAUGUAAGAAAUGACACAAAAUCGAUUAUUGUCAUACCAGUAUCUCAGUGUUGCAUAAUAUGAUAUAAUAAUGUGAUAUUCAUUUAUUCGGGAGGAGAGCGGCGAAUAAGCUCUGUUGUCAGUAAGAUGAAUUACUGUAUUUGCCGGCGCAUUAGACGUGCUUUUAAAAAUUGCCCUAGUUCUAAUGCGACUGUAUUAAGGAUGGGAGACUGAGCUAGGGAGUUAGACGCACACUCUAGGCAAGUUCGUUAGGCACAGAAAUUGUUGCUAAUGAUAACAUAUUGAAACCAACCCAAAUUAUUACAGAAAAUUGUGUUAUUACUAAUAAAGAAUUGAAAACACGGCUGAAUUAUCACAGUAUGUCAUCACAAUUGCUUACGAUACGCCGGCAGUCAUGAGAGAAGCUCACAUCAUCUCAUCUCCUUCCCCAGCAUACUUUUAAUCCACACCUGAUAUAUCUUACAUUAUUUAACGACUGGGUUACCUUUAAGAAACUUAUUUAUUAUCCAAAUGAAAAAUGUUCCUAGAAAUUUGAAAUGAAUGUUAAACAAAACCAAAGGUAUGAUGAAACAAGGUCCUUGUAAAACAAAGGUGAUUCUUAUGCACGUAUGCUACUUAUACACCGGCAAAUAUGGAAUUUGUCCCACCUUUGAAAUAUAUGUGUAUCACUUUAUCAAUGGAUUACUUGGAGUUUUGAUUUGAAAAAUGUACAUCAAAAGAAACGGAUCUUAAGACAGUAGAUUAUGGAAUUUCGUUAAAGGAAUAUAUGAUAACCAAUUCUGAUAGCAAUAACUAAAAUCACAUGUAUUAUUUCUACUUGAUUGACUGCUGAUGUUAUAUUCAUGUGCUAAAUGUGAAGAAGGCUUCGUGACAGAUAUACACAUGUAAUAAUGAGGGCAUGCAAAUUCACAGCAUUCUCCUUUAGAAAUGCUCUGUCACAUGCGUAUCUCUCUCUCUCUCUCUCUCUCUC